ACCGCUUUGGCGCUUUUAGUGGGAUCGCAUUCACGUUUCCAUGUGUCAGUUCUUUGAACGAAGGCAUCUUGACAGGUUUAUAAGCUUGCAAUGGACACGGCUUAGCUUUUCUUACCCCUAGUCGGCAAUUUUGCCUUCGCUUUCUCGUUUACUCUAUUUUUUUUUUCCUCAACAAAAGGCGCAGGCAGUCAGUUCUGUUUAACACGCCGUUAUCAGCCUAUAAAUAGCCUUCUCUGCCUCUUUCAUACGUAGUUCUCUUUUCCGUUCAACAAGGGAAAAAAAAAAAAAAUUCUCUCGCGAAGAUGGCUGAAGCUAAGAGCAAAUUCGAAUCUGUUAGGGAAUGGGUCGCUGAGCACAAGCUUAGAACUGUUGGGUGUCUGUGGCUUAGCGGUAUUGCGGGUUCAAUCGCUUACAAUUGGUCUCAACCCAACAUGAAAACAAGCGUCAGGAUUAUUCACGCUAGGUUGCACGCUCAGGCUCUUACGCUGGCUGCAUUAGCUGGUGCAGCUGUGGUUGAGUACUAUGAUCACAAAACUGGAACCAAGGCUGAAAGAUAUGCUGCGUACAUCCCACACAAGGACGCUGAAUGAAUCCAGAAUAAAGGAUAUGCAUUUAAUGAGACCUUCUAGGUCCGUAAUGAUUCAGUGGAUUGACAUGAAUAACAAUUUAUGUAAGGGGUCAUAUAAGUUGGUAUUGUUUGACCAGUUCUGGUUUGUAUUGUUUUAUUUGGUACUAGCGUUGUAAUACACUUGAUGACAAGGAAAUGAAAUUAAGAAAGACAAUUUAUUAUUAA